UUUUUUGUUAACUGAAUAAUACUAAGGGUAAUUGAGAUGGACGGUGAUAUAUUUGGAGAACUAGGGAAUUCAACACAAGUAGAUAGCAGACUUUUACAGGUAUUCCAGAAGAGCUUAUUGCAAGCUCAAGAUAUUUUGAAUCAGAACCGGUUGCUGAUUAAUGAGAUAAACCAAAAUCACGAGUCCAAGAUGCCUGAUAAUCUGAGUAGAAAUGUUGGUUUGAUUAGAGAGCUCAAUAGCAAUAUCAGAAGGGUGGUUGAUCUCUAUGCUGAUCUUUCUAAUUCCUUUGCCAAGUCCAGAGAGGCUUCUUCUGAAGGUGACUCCAGUGGGACUUUGAAGUCUGAUGGAAAAGUCAACCAGAAGAGAAUUAGAUCCAGCUGAUUGACUGAAUUUGAUCUUUCAUGUAAUUAAAGUUUAUUCUGAUUCUGGAAGGAAUUUGAUUGGUGAGAAUGUGUGUAACUUCCUCCAAAGUUAGUUUUGUGCCAAGUCUUCCAUCAUAUUGGUUUUAUGUCUAAAAGGCCAGAGAUUUAGUUAAUCAUCUGAUCUAUAAAGUUAGCACCAAUUUGAGCGCUAUACAAUUGUGAUUUUGUGUAACUUAACUUCAUGAAAUGAAGCAUGUUCAUGGACCACUUAGUCAACUUUCCAAGCUUGAUCUUAUUAGAUCUCACUGCUAUUUAGUGGUAAGUUCUUGAUAGUUAUUCAUUUGUUCUGCAUGUUGAUCUUUUGGUUGGUU